GAAACGUGGUUCAACAUAGCUUCAAAAUGUAUUUCUAUUCAGUACUUUCUGUAGUUUACGCGAUUGUUGUCAACAAUGUUCAUGCUUCAAAGAAUGUGAUAUAUAAUGAUGGUGAUAGUUUGGAUUGGUGGCAAAAUGCGGUUUUUUAUCAGAUUUAUCCAAGAUCAUUUAUGGAUAGUAAUGGUGAUGGAAUAGGAGAUAUUCAAGGUAUAAUCAGCAAGCUGGAUCACCUGAAAGAUGCUGGAAUAACAGCUACAUGGCUCUCUCCCAUCUUUAAAUCCCCUCAAAUUGAUCAAGGAUACGACAUAAGUGACUAUCGUAACAUCGACCCUCUUUUUGGUACCACAGAAGACUUCAAAGAACUCCUAGUGCUGGCCAAAGGUAUAGGCCUAAAAAUAAUUUUGGACUUUGUUCCUAACCAUACCAGUGAUAUGCAUGAAUGGUUUAUGAAAUCUGAAGACAAGAUCGAAGGGUUUGAAGACUUUUAUGUGUGGCAUGAUGGUAUCCCCAACGGUUUCCCUAUACCAAGUGUGCCCAACAACUGGGUUUCAGAAUUUGGAGGUUCUGCGUGGCAAUGGAGCGAAAAGCGACAGCAAUAUUAUUACCAUCAAUUUGCCAUACAACAGCCAGAUUUAAAUUAUUCUAAUCCGAAAGUAGUAGAAGAAAUGAAGGAUAUUCUGAGAUACUGGUUAGACCAAGGUGUUGAUGGGUUCAGGGUUGACGCCGUUCCUUAUCUCUUUGAAGAUCCUCAUUUUCGGGAUGAACCACUUGCCUACGGUCACAACUCGUACGAUGUGAAUAAUAAGAAUUGCCUUGAUCACAUUUACACUAAAGAUCAAGAGAAAACCUUCGAUAUGAUUUAUCAAUUCCGCGAAGUCGUGGAUCAAUACUCCAAAGAUCACAACACCGAAACUAAGGUGCUGAUGACGGAAGCUUACAGUCCAAUGGAAAAAUUGAUGUUAUUCUAUGAAUCUGAGGAUGGUGCGAGAAAAGGAGCUCAUUUCACCUUUAAUUUCAACUUCAUCACCGAUUUGAAGAAUACGAACAUCACCGUCACAAACAUUGCUAAGGCAAUCCAUAAAUGGUUAGUUUAUAUUCCGAAGGGAUCAACCAGUAAUUGGGUGUUGGGAAACCAUGACAAUUCUAGAGUAGCCACUCGCCUUGGCAGAGAAAACGUUGACGGAUUCAAUAUGCUUGUUGCUCUUCUACCUGGAGUUAUGGUCACCUACAAUGGGGAGGAAAUAGGAAUGGAGGAUGGAGAUGUGACAUGCGAAGAAGGGUUCGAUCCUCAAGCUAUUAAAAAUUGUACCACAUUCAACGAAAUAAGCAGGGAUUUCGAGCGGACUCCAUAUCAGUGGGAUGGUACUUUGAAUGCAGGAUUCAGUACUGCCAAUCAUACCUGGUUACCCGUAUCUGAAAAAGCAAAAUAUGUGAAUUUAGCAUCUCAAAAUGUUCUCGGGAUAUCUUCUCAUUACAAUAUUUAUAAGGAAUUAUUAAAAUUCAGAGGAAGAUUCAGUAGACCAGCUUAUUUCGAUUCUUUGACAGUUGUUGAGUUAUCCAGCAAUGUCUUACAAGUUAUAAGGAAGAGAAACGAAGAAGAAUAUAUAUUACUGUUCAAUGUAGGGUAUUCGCAAGAGGUUUUCGAUUUCUACAAGUCGAAAUUAACUUACAGAGUAGUUGUAGCCAGUGUCAACAGUACUUAUGUAUCAGGAGAUGAAGUUGAUAAUCACCUCCUGUUGAAUCCUCAUGAAAGUAUUAUCAUUGAAAGUACAGCGAGCAGUCAAUAAAUUACAAGACCAUUAGUGGAAGUUCAUUGCUCAUCCCGAAUCGCAUUUUUUCCAAGGAAACUUUACUUCUUCAAUAAUUGAAGAAAUGUGUGUUUUAUAAAUUUUAUAAUAUUAAUUUUUUCAACACUAUUUAUUUCAAAUAUAUAAAAAUGUAAUAUUCAUUGUUAUUAUUCAUUAUGAAUAUAAUACCAGGAACAAAUAAAAUAAUUCUAGAAGU